UCGUGUUUUCUCACUCUCUCCAGUGCUACUGACAGCUUAAUUGGAAGCUUUUCUCCAGAGAUUUUUUUUUCGGGAUCGAAUUCAAUCAAUUGCUCUCUUCAUCUGUACUAAAUGCCUGGGAAUAAGUACACCGAAAACUCGGGAGUACUCAAUACUCGAGUAGGCCGUCUCUUGAGAGAAAGAGAGCUCAGAAGAAACAACAGAAUCCCCCCAUCAAACAAUAACAACCGUCCGAUCGAGAUCAACGAUCACAAUCAUGCAUCCGAACAACAUUAUUCGGAAGUAGGAGCCGAUCGAGCACCCAACGGACGGCAUAUUAAUAGUAGUAAUGGUAGGCCCACAAAGCAGAGGUUGCUAGUUGUUGCUAAUCGACUUCCCGUCUCUGCGGUGAGGCGAGGGGAGGAUUCUUGGUCUCUCGAGAUUAGCGCCGGCGGUCUAGUUAGCGCUCUUCUCGGUGUUAAGGAUUUCGAGGCUCGGUGGAUUGGUUGGGCGGGUGUCAAUGUGCCGGAUGAAAUUGGCCAAAGGGCGCUUACUCGAGCACUCGCUGAGAAGCGGUGCAUUCCCGUUUUCUUGGACGAGGAGAUAGUUCAUCAGUACUACAAUGGCUACUGCAACAACAUACUGUGGCCGCUCUUCCACUAUCUCGGACUGCCGCAAGAGGACCGCCUGGCCACCACCAGGAGUUUUCAGUCUCAGUUUACGGCAUAUAAGAAAGCCAAUCAAAUGUUUGCUGAUGUCGUAAAUAGUCACUAUCAAGAAGGUGACGUCGUGUGGUGUCACGAUUACCACUUAAUGUUCCUUCCGAAAUGUUUAAAGGAACACAACAGUGAUAUGAAAGUCGGCUGGUUUUUGCAUACUCCGUUUCCUUCUUCGGAAAUUCAUCGGACCUUGCCUUCUCGAUCGGAAUUGCUUCGUUCGGUUCUAGCUGCCGAUUUAGUGGGUUUCCACACAUACGAUUACGCCCGACAUUUCGUUAGUGCAUGUACACGUAUACUCGGGCUCGAAGGUACACCCGAUGGUGUAGAGGAUCAAGAAAGACUUACUCGUGUGGCAGCGGUAUUUCGUUUAUUUAUUACUGUACAGGGUUUUAGUGCUACACUAACGGAACCGAUCGACACUCCGGGAAGAAGGGGAGAUCAGAUAAAAGAAAUGGAACUUAAAUUGCAUCCCGAUUUGAAAGUGCCGCUAACAAUGCUUUGUAGUGACCCGAAUACGACAGUUGUGGUCCUUAGUGGAAGCGAUCGAGCCAUCCUUGAUGAAAAUUUCGGAGAGUUUGACAUGUGGUUAGCAGCUGAAAACGGGAUGUUUCUACGCUCGACGAAAGGAGAAUGGAUGACAACUAUGCCCGAACACUUGAAUAUGGAUUGGGUCGAUAGCAUAAAGCAAGUAUUUGAGUAUUUCACUGAAAGAACUCCGAGAUCGCAUUUUGAACGUCGCGAAACUUCACUUGUAUGGAACUACAAAUACGCAGAUGUCGAAUUUGGAAGAUUGCAAGCUAGAGAUAUGUUACAGCAUCUAUGGACGGGUCCGAUUUCUAACGCGUCGGUUGAUGUUGUCCAAGGAAGCCGAUCGGUUGAGGUUCGAUCGGUCGGUGUAACAAAGGGAUCGGCUAUUGACCGUAUAUUGGGAGAGAUUGUUCAUAGCAAAUCCAUCUCUACACCAAUCGAUUAUGUCUUGUGCAUGGGUCAUUUCUUGGGAAGGGAUGAGGAUGUAUACACAUUUUUCGAACCGGAACUUCCCUCCGAUUCCAUCCGCCUACCAAGAAUUAAGCCGAUCGAACCAAGGUCUUCCGUAGAGAAAAGGCUAUCUCCAAAGCUCCCCCACGGGGGAAAAAGCAGCAGCAGCAGCAGUGGCGGCAGCAGCAGCUCCAAGACUCAGAGUAAGAGCCUCCCUCCCCACCUCGGACCAAACUCCGACAAGAAAUCCACCACUACCACCGGCGGUGGCGGCGGUGGUGCCGCCUACGGAAACAGCGGCAAAAGAGGUGCGUCGUCGGAAAACGGUGCUUGGAAUGUGCUCGAUCUAAAGAAAGAGAACUACUUCUCUUGUUCGGUCGGAAGAACUCGUACGACCGCGCGGUACCUUUUCAACACAUCGGAGGAUGUAGUUGCGUUUCUCAAGGAGUUGGGCGAAGCAGCUUUCUCUAACCAGCUUUUAUCGUAUAUAUGAGUGUUAGUGUAAUCGUUUUCGUUAAGUUAUAAAAAAGUACUGUAACUAUAGCA